AUGGGCUUCUGUUUACAUGAAUUGCCACGACACAAUGACUCAUUGUUUAGAGACGCAUUCAUUUGCACUUGUUCCGGUUGCCGUUAAGGGCUGAUUAAUCUCGUGCGAAGAUUGUCUCUCCAUUUUGUUGAAGUUGCUAGAGAAAACUGGGAUUAAGUAAUAACUGAAAAGAGUAACAAGCAGUUGCUGAACUACAAAUGCAAGAUGUCCACGACUGAAACAGAGAAUAUGGAGAUAAAAGGAGAUAGACUGCAGCAAAACAGUGAGCUGGAGGAGCCGAGGCUGAGCGCUGAGCAGCUGGACCAGUCUUCAAGGGACAGUCAAGCUGUGCUGACCACAAGAGCUGACUACUGGCAGGAGGCCUUUGGGGCUCUUAAAUCUGAUUUCAUACAACUUGAAAAGAAGCACCUUGAAGCUUUAGCUCAGCUCCGUCACAAAGAGGAAGUGACAAAGGACCUCAGAGCACACAUUACUGAGGCUACUUCCAAGACAAAAGUCAAGGAAGAAGAAAUGCAAAAGCUGAACAAAGAAAAUAUUGCCAUAGUGAAGGAAUAUGAAGCAAAACAAAAGCUAAUAGAGGAAGAAUUGAUGUCUUACAAACAUCAGUUCAGAGCUGCUCAAGAAAACAUAUUGAAGCUGGAGAAGGCUCUCUCUGAGCAAAAAGAUGGAAUUGGACAACUUCAGAAUUUAUACCAAGAGGAGGUAGAAAAAAAUGGUCGAUUACAAGCCAGGAUAGAGGCACAGAAUAUAACUGCUCAGAGCGAACAAGAUGUGCUGUCAAAUGAGAUUUAUUCUAAAGAGGAAGUAAUUCAUAAACUGAAAAUGCUUCAAAUUGAUUACCAGGACAAAAUAAGUGUGGCUGAAGAAAAGAUUCAGAAUCAAGAAAAAUUGCUUGAGCAUUUGCACCAGCAGUACUUGGGUGCAGUAAAUGAGAUUGAAGAAAAGGAGCACACUUUUCAUUCACUAAAACAGCAACUUGAAAAGGCACAAACUGCAGAGAGGGAAGCAAUUCUGGAGGUAAAUGGCAGUGGAGAAACCCUGAGACAGUUAGAGCUGAAACUGGCUUCCUUACAAUCAGCACAGGACUCCGCUAGCAGGACUGUUGCUGUGAAGGAACAAAUUAGUAAUGAACUUUUCCUCGAGUGUGAGAAACUGAAACAGAUGCAUAGUGAAAGGCAGCAUCAGCUAAGUAACGGUGAGAAAAAGAUUAAAGCUCUGCAAACAGAGACCGGCAUACUUAAGACAAAAUUGCAAGAGAAGACUGAAGAAACUCUGAAACUGAAUGAUCGAAUUCUGAAACAGCGAGAGGCAUUGAACAAGGCAAGAGAAACUAUUAAGGACACCAAGAGAACUGCUGGAAAUAAGUUGCAGGAGAAGGAAAACAAAGCUAUUUUGCUGCAGAAAGAACUGUUACAAGCACAGGACCAAUAUUCUGCUUGCUAUCAAGAGCUGCUCCACAGGGAAAAACUUUUGCAGAGGCAGAAAGAAGAGAUGGCUCAGCUGACAGAGCAAAUGCGGCAGCAGUCCCAGGAUAUUAGCAAGCUCAGUGGCGAAAAGAGAAGGCUGGAACUAGAGUUAGCGGUUGUCAUGGAGAAACACCGAACUGCACAGGCUGAGGUGAGCAACAGAGAUCAAAUAAUUAUCCAGCUGAAGACUGAUCUAAAAACUGCACAAGAAGAGCUAUGUGGUUCACAGGAAGAGCUGAAACUCCAUGAGACUGAAAUUUCCAGGCUAAAUCAGAAGAUAAAGUGUCUAAAGGCUGACUUUUGUGAACUGGAAGAUAAGUAUAACAGACAACAGGAUAAAAAGAAUGAAACUGAAAAGGUGAACAGUCAGCUGGAGCAUGAACAGGAACUUCAUCUUAAGCAAAUUCAGAACCAUUUGAAGACUGUCGAACAGCUACAGUCAGAUCUGGAUUUCACAAAGCAGUCUCAUGCUGCUGAUGCAGAAAGGUGGACCCAAAAAACGGCCAUGCUCCAAAAAGAGAUAGACUCAUCCGUUGAGGAAUUGCACGAAAAUCAACAGAAGGUACUGGAAUACAAGAAUUUAAUAGAUAAACUGAGGCAAAAAUGGGAAAAAGCUGAACUGCUUAAUCAAGAAGCAAGUAAUAAGAAUAAGCAAUGUACAGAGACAAUUAAAAACCAGAGUGCAGAAAUUACACAGUUAAAGCAACAUGUUGGUGACCUUGAAGGGAAAGUGAAAGAGUGCUAUGAUCAGACAAAGUCCUGCGAAUCAUCUGCUGACCUCUACAAACAAAAAUAUGAAGCAAGCAUUCUUAAAAUGCAGGAAGUAGAAGCCGUUGCCCAGAGUCUUGAAAAGGAAUUAAAGGAACUACAUAACCAGAUACUUGAAGCAAAUCAAACAAUACAUAACCUGAAGGCUGAAAUAUUGAGACUACAAAAGCAGUAUGAAGAGAAAUGCCAUCAAAUGGAAACAUCAGAGGUCAAAAAUAUUCAGUUAACUGAAGACCUGCACCUUGCUCAAGAGGAUGUUAAAAGUAAUGUAGAACACAUAAGGAAGAAUGAUCAGCUUAUUCAAAAAUUAAAAGAUGAAGUAGCAGACUUGCAGAAACAGAUUUUAGAAAAAGAAGGCGAAAUUUGUCGAUUUCAGUCAGAAUUUUUUCAGUAUCAGUCCUCUCACAGGCACUCGAAUGAAGAGUUCACUGAGCACUUGUCGCAUAUCAGACACCUGCAAAUGGAACUUGAGAUGACAAAAAAGCACUCCAUGGAACAAACUGCAAAACUUGAAGAAAGUGAAAGGCUUACACAGGACUUGAAAGCUGAGGCUGAUAAUGUAGUCAGACAUCAGAAAAAUUAUGUUCUUGAAAUCGAAAAGCUCGAAAAGACUUUACAGUCUUUGCAUCUGGAUAUAAUAGCUUCUCAGCAGAAACAUAAGAUUGAACUUACUCAGUUACAACAGCAGGUCAUCCAGUCCGAAAAAGAACUGGCACAGUCUCUGGAUGUAUGCAAUCAGAAAGAGCAGGCAAUACGCAAAAGAGACGACCUUCUGAGAAAGUCAGAGGAGGAUCUCCUGCAGGCAAAAGAAAGUAUCAAAGCCAGAGUAGCUGAGGUAGAGCACCUUGACAGCCAGGUCAAGAACCUGAAAGUAAGCAUCCAGGACAUCCAGAAAGACAAAAAUCAAAAGGAGAAGGAAAACAUUGCACUUAAAGCUGAGCUCCAGCAGCUGAAUGUGGAAUUACAGGAGGUGCAUAAACAAUACAGAGACACAGCACAAGAACUUGCUAGUCGUGAUGAACAGCUGCUUCUGAUGGAGUCCAGCUUAAAAGCAACACAGGCACAGCUAACGGAACAGGUCGCUGAAACAGUUCGCCAGGAGCAGAAUGGUAGAAAGUUACUUUCAGAGAUAAAGACGCUGAAAGACCAUGUUACAGCAGCUGAAGAAGAAGUUAAUGACUACAAACAAAUGGUGGACAAACUGAAACUUGAGUCAGCUGCAGUUAAGCAGGUCCAGCAAGAAAAGACCCAGGAAGCCAUGAAGCAUCAGCAGACUUUUGAGAAGAUGGAGUCAGACCUUAACAUGGCAAAAGAUCAAGUGAAAGCUUUGCAAAAUCAGCUGCAGCAGUCUGAGGACUUGGUGAGAAGUUUACAGGAAGAGCUAACUCAAGAACAGAAACAUUACCGCGAGCAACAAAAACAAAUUUUCAAACUAAAACACCAGAUUACAGAAAUGGAAGCAGAGGCUGAAACCCUUAAAUACAAAUUGAACAGUGACUCUGUCUUGGCAAAGGAUCAUAAAAAUCUCAUAAGAAAUCUGGAAGAGGAAAGAGACCAAAUGCUGGACAAGUGUAAUGGUCUUCGGGAAGUAUUGCUUCAGGCCCAAUCCCAGCUUCAGGUUUUCCAACGAAAUGUGGCUUUGGCAGAAACACAGAGACAUCAUCAUGCUGAGGAGGUUGAGCAUCAGAUGGAGAUGUUAGCAAAGCUGCAGGCAGAUCUGGAGCAAUCAGAAGAACGGCACAGGCAUUCUAGCAAGAACCUGGAUGCCUCAGAGCUCAAAGUUCAUGACUUGCAAUUGCAAAUCACCAUACUGCAGGGCAAACAUAAGGAAGCACUCGAUGAGGUGAAUGAAAAGACAAACAGUCUAACUGUUCUUAAAGACAAGUUUAACACACUCCACCAGCAAUAUGAAAAACUAAUGAAAGAAAAUUCAGCACAUGCAGCAAAUGUGAAACAGAUUAAUCUAGAACUUAAGAAAGAACAGGAUCUGAAGAGAGAAAAGGAGGAGGAGGUACAAACGUAUAAAGAAAAGCUGUUGGAGAUAACUCGUAAUCUUGAGCUGAGGCAACAAACAAAUCAGGAAAUAAUUGGGGAUUUAGCUGCUAAAGAAGAGCAGGUGCUUACCCUGAGGUCUCAACUGGCAAAUGUGCAAGAGAAGAUGAAACAGAAAAAUGAAGAGCUGGAAACUCUGCACCGCGCAUUGGAAGCAGCAUGUUCUGACAACAGUCGCCUCCAUCAGGAAAGUGAGUUAGUGGUUGCAAAUGUUAAUCAGUGGAUCAAAGAACAAAAGAAUGCGAAUGGAAACUUGGAAGUAAAGAUUAAAGAACAGACAAGAUGUUUAACUCAUCUAACUGCAGAAAAAGACCAUUUACAGGAAACUGUAGAUGCUUUGAGUGCAGAACUUAAAAAAGUAAAAGCAGAGCUGGAGGAAAAGAAAACUGAAAAUGAACGAUUAAAGACACUACAGAGCCACUCAACCAAUCAGGAGGCACUUCUCAGCCAUCUAAGGGGUCAGCUAGAGGUUCAUGAACUUGAGCAGGAGAGCCUCUUGGCAGAGAAACAGGCAGCUAUAGAAGACAUGCAUAUCAGGCUGAAGACAAGUGUCCAGUCCAUCAGUUUGCUUAACCAGCAGCUAACUGCAAUGAGCAAAGAGAAUGCACAUCUGAGAAAACUCCUGGAAGAUGAAAAACAAAGAUCAGAAGAGUUUGAACUGCAAAUUGAAUCCUGUAAUCAGAUUAUCUCCAGCCAGAGAACUUCACUAAGAACUGUUGAGAAAGAGCUACCUGUCACAGUGGGGUCUUUGCACAAGGAUGCUAUGUCAUCUGAUCAUUAUACAGUGCUACAGUUGCAAACUAGUCCUAAACAAGAGACAUUAACACCCCAGCAGGGGGAAACUGAAGCUGUGGGAAAGAAAAUGGAGCAACCAGAUGUCAGGGAAUCAUUUGAUAAAUCUUACUUGAUACAACGAGUUGGUGAACUGUCUUCGCAAUUACAAGAAAGUACUGAAUACUGGACAGAGAAAAUGAAUGAACUUACCAUGCAAAUUGAACGCACUCACUUGGCAUUAUCAAAUAAAUGAAACUACUUAUUUGUUUCAGUUUAGCUAAACUUUGAGCCAAAGACCUUUUUGCAGAGGUAUCCAGAAUAUGUAAGAAAUAUUAAAAGUACAUAAAAUAUGAAGUACCUGUAGCCAAUGACUACAGCUUCGGCUUUCAUCUUACAUCACUUAGACUAUGACAUCAUAUACGUUAUAAAUAAGUAAUCAUGUGUUAUUAGAAGAGUUUGCCUCAGUUUUUGAACGUAGUUCUACAAGUCAGAAAAUGAUGCAUAUAGGCAUUUUCAGCAUAUGUUUUUCACUAUUUUUUUUUGUUGUUGUUUUGUUUUCCUUGCUGUGAUAUAAAUGUGUGUGUGUGCAUAAAUACACACGCACACAUUUUUUUUUGCCCACAUUGCUGUCAGCCAUCAACAUUUUCCCCCAACUUCCUACUGGAUUUUCCACUCUAAUCUCUCCUCAACACCUGUCUGACUUGUUACUUUGGACUACCAUCCCCAGAAGAACAACAGUGGAGAUUAUCUAAGUGUAACUAUGGACAGAGAGGAGGUCAGGAUGUCCCAGUACAGCACCAUCUUGGGUGAUCUGGAUUGCAGUCAGGACACUAUCCAUUUAUGGCAUGGAGCUGGAUAUGUAUGUUUUGUAUGUGUUAUAAUGAAAUCCGUAUGCAUCUACACAUUCCAGUAAUAUACUGUUACCAUGCAACUGUGGGUUUAGGCAAUUUGGUAGUUCUACUGAAGUGAACAAAUUCAAAUCAAAUAAGCAUAACCUACUGCAUAUUAUUUCAUGUUAUGUCAAGACAGUUUAAAUCUAAUAUCUUAAUAGGAACUGUCUUUCUGAAAAGGGUAUAGGUUUAUAGUUAAAUCCUAGCCUAUCAGCCUGCAGACUUGCAAGCUUAGUGAAUAACCAUAGGUCAGAAUCAAACCCUGUAUCUUGUAUCUGUAAGGUAAAAACCUUAACCAUUAUGUUAGCUCUGCCACCAUAAUGGGAUUCAGAACAGCAACUGAGAUAAAGAAUCCAUAGCACAGACAUAUGACAAUAAUUCUGAAGGUUUAGAAGGAACAGAGAAAAUAAAGUGCUGGAGAUCCACUUUAAGUGGUUGGCUGCUGACCUGCAGAAUGCAAACCUAUUGAUCAAAGUGAUCAAAAGUACUGGUGCUAAACCUGAAUAUCAUUCAAGUAAUUUUUAUUUUUGCAGGGAUGCAACCCCCCCAUACCUCCCACUCCCUCCUUAUUUACAUUAUUUAAUUCCAUGGUUAUAAGACCACGGAGAACAAAGAAACACCCUGCAGGGGUUCCAACUUCUGUAUGUAACUUGAACUAGUAGGAAAAAAGGUCAGGAUCUGAAAACCUUGGAUAGUUAUUACUGAAGUUUCACUCAGUGCAUUAAUUGUUGACAUGUCUGAUAAGCACCUUUCAUUGAGUAUGGUCUACAGUGUAUCUAGUUGUUAGUGUAACAGUCAGACUAACAGAACUAAGUGGUCCUAAUCUGCCAUGAAAUUACAUGUUUUUAUGUUAACUGCAUGAAAUCUAGUCAGUCACAGCAGCACUGUGAUUCACAGUGUAGUGCAUUGUACACUGUGAAGUAAGGUUGUGCAUUCCUUUAAGUGACUUUAAAGUGGAACUUAAGAUAGACUGUUAGUCGCUGGAGGUGUGGUACAAAUAGAUGAGACAUGCAUCUGGAUUACCCAUGCAGCUCUUCUCUGAAACUGCAUACAAAUAUAACUUAGCAUGGAUGUGUCACAGCAUAUUCCAUUGUGGAUAAAGGGCAAUGAAUUUGUUGUGAAAGUCAGUCAACCAGAGUACUGAAGCUAGCUGAUUUAUCUUCCCGUACUGAAAAUGCUGAAAUUGUGGGUGUACCACAGGUGUGUGUUUCCCCAUUUGCAGCAUGUUAACCACAACAAAGAGUCAGCUUCAUUAUACACUGUAAAAGCUUGUUACAGGCUUGCCCACUGUAAAUCUUUUUCAGUGAAACGUAUUUCAUGGGUGUUAAUGCUAACCCCUUCCACCGUCGUAAAACUGUCAAGGUUGCUUACCUCUUCUUCACAGUUCUAAAUAUGUGCUGGAUAAUGCAAACUUUUGUGGUUCAGUGUUCCUACCCCAAUUCUCUAGUGUAAAACAGAGUUUAAAAUCUUACCAAUAGCUUUCUAACUGCUACCUCCCCGUUGGUGAUUGAGUGUACAAAACUGAAAUGUCAAGGGCUUUAAAUUGAAGAAUACUGCUAUCUUCCUCUUAAUGUCCAAAACUAAUACUUUAUAUCCUUUGUGAAACUCCCUAAUGGUACACCUCUCCAUUACCCAUUAGAAGUUGCAACAUAUUAAUGGUACUGCCACUCCCACUUUACAGUUCCCAGAAUAUGAGCCAUCCUCCAGUUACCAUUAUGGGCAGCUUCUAUCCAAAUUCUACAUCAGCAUGAGGAAGCAAAUCAGAAAAAGUAAAUUGUAAUUGUUGAAACCUCAGCAAUUUCUUUUAUCGGUCAUUGAUAUAUUCUCUGUGACAGCCUCAUUGAGCACAUGAAACCGUCAGGCAGAGGAUCACUAAAUUCCCUUCAUGUGAAAAACCUUUAUUCAUGGGUUCUCACUUGGAUGUUAGCUUAUUUGAUAUUCUCUUGUAUUUUGCUUUUUCUUGCCACUGAAUAUGUUUAGAUGCUUACACCAAUGAACAAAAUUAAUGAUAAAAUGUGCACUCAGUUUUUUCAUCCAUUGUAUUGUUUUCCUUUGAAGAACACUUUUUCAUCAUUUGUACAUAUUUUAGUACUUGAAUUGCUUUUAUUGCUGCACAGUCUACAGGGACAUUUCAUCAUAAAAUAAGACCAGCAGACAGCACACUGUUGCAAAGGCCACAACAUGUUGCAGAAUCUGUUCUUUUAAAGCAUUUUAAUGAAACCUAACUUAAUAAUGCCUGAAGUGUGCAUCUUUCUCAGUCACCUUUGCCUGGGUAUGAGAAGGAUUCAUAUGCAGUCAAGGAAGCAAGUGUCAUAACAAGGCCACAAACCCCACCAGAGGUUUGAGGUAGGAUAAGAAUUCUUCUGGUUGGCACUGUGAAUUGGCUAGACUAACUACUGGCUCAGACUCCUUAGAAUUAGUAAUUAUAUAAUAUCAUGUGAAGGAGAGCAGACAGACUUUUUGCAGUGGUGUUAAAGUUGCCUGUUUAUCUCUGUCCAGAGAAGAGCAUGCUGGAACAACUAACAUCCUCCAGCUCCGUUUAUUCAUUAUUUGUGGCCAAGUAGUCAAAUACAUUGUCCUCACAAAUAUUAAGGCCAGUUCUUCUGCCUUUUUUAGAGUCCCAGCUUCUCUGAAACGUAGGCUGGAGAGACAUUAUGCAUGGGGAAUAUACAGAAAUAAAGCUCUCAUUUCACUUAGUGAGCUUCCAUUUAUCACCAGAAUCGGCAUCUUCAAAAGCCUAUGGACAACAGACAAUUUAUUCCACAGUUUUGUUCCCUUCUCAGAAUAUCCAAGUUUUAAUGACUUCAUUAGGGGAACAGAUGAGGUUAAGGAGGUUUAUAUCUCUGUAUGCAGUAGUGAGAAGAAUGGGUAAUGAUAGAGUACCUAGAUGUUGCAGUCUUCCACACCUACCAGCCUUGUUCUUUCAUUCAUUGUAGAAGUCAUUAAUCUAAUGGCUGUCCAUAAUUAUGUGGCCUUUAAUGCAUUAAUUUGGUCUUGUAUAUUUCAUUCACCACCUCUGUAUGUGAACUGCUUACAACAGCACACAGUAUGUGAGUGAGUGCUGUAUGUUCAGGUAAUGAGUCAAACAACAUACAGUAACAUGGUCUUCUCAUCACUGUAUCUGUGGCCAAAACUGGCCUGUUGCAAAGUUUAGAUGUUUCAUUACAAAGGAAGGCUUCUCAGAACUCAUCUUGAAACAUUGUGUCCUUCCUAGGCUGUGGAGCUAAUACCAAGCUUCUGGAUAACACCUCUUCUGCCGUAGAUAUGUACAGAUUUUGAAUUACAGUUUAUGACAUAGGAGAUGUCCAGACUUUAUCCUGUCUCCCUUAGGUGUCAUGCUGGGCUAUUAGUGCUAAAGUUCUUUUCUAGUGUCCUGCAGAAAGGACAGAAUCCACCUUCUCUAAGCUGGACCUGUUUGCCAGGCAUAUUUAAGAAGCUGUAACGGAGUUCAAGAACAUGAGCAGUAUGUCAUUGUUCAUUAAUUUUAUCACAGUCAGAAGGCUUGCAGGAGCAGAAAAAAAUAUCAAAUACAAGAAAAUGUUGAUCUCACUGCCACUUUCAGACUUGUGCAGCAAUGUGGUAAGAGCAUCCACAGAGGGGAAAAAGAUUCAUAUCUAUUGCACUUUAGCUUACUGUCUGACAAUUUAAAAACCAUUUAUAGCAUUUUGUGCAGGAAAACACUGGCAGAAGAAAGUUAUUCCUCCAUAUAAACCAACUGAAGGUCUUCACCAAUGAUGCAGGACAUAUCUUCUGGAACACAGCCAUACCACAAAACUAGACCUUCAGCCUGAUGUAAUAAACACUUUCCCCAAGGACAAGUUCGAUCUCUGCAUCUAUGCUCUUGUGCCAGGAAAACCGCUCACUUUUCUACUCAGCUAGGAGCUCAUUGAAAAUCAGCCCAGACUUAGAAACAUGGGUUUCUACUUCAAGUUGGUCAUAGUUC